UAGCCUCAUUCAUUUCCAUCACAAACCAAUUCGAUCUCUUCUCAGUUCAAUUUUCUAUCUCAAAAAUGUCUGGCCGUGGUAAGGGAGGAAAGGGUUUGGGAAAGGGAGGAGCAAAACGUCACCGUAAAGUUCUCCGUGAUAACAUUCAGGGAAUCACUAAGCCGGCGAUUCGGAGGUUAGCGAGAAGAGGUGGAGUGAAGAGAAUCAGUGGAUUGAUCUAUGAAGAAACAAGAGGUGUUUUGAAGAUCUUUUUGGAGAAUGUGAUUCGUGAUGCUGUGACUUACACUGAGCAUGCUAGAAGAAAGACUGUUACUGCUAUGGAUGUUGUUUAUGCUUUGAAGAGACAAGGAAGGACUCUUUACGGGUUUGGUGGUGAAGAUUGUGAGAUCAUUAUUGUAUCUCUUGUACUUCAUAUCCAAGAUGUUGAUGGUGUAUCGAAAAAAAUAGCCUUGGUAGUCUCUACUUACUUAAGCUACAUUUUCUCCUCACCUUCACUGCAACUUCAUUUGCCUUCAGCUACUCAAUCAAUUGACCAAAAAAUGUCUGGCCGUGGAAAGGGAGGCAAAGGUUUAGGAAAGGGCGGAGCAAAACGUCACCGUAAAGUUCUCCGGGACAACAUUCAGGGAAUCACAAAACCGGCGAUUCGGAGAUUAGCGAGAAGAGGUGGAGUAAAGAGAAUCAGUGGAUUGAUCUAUGAAGAAACAAGAGGUGUUUUGAAGAUAUUUUUGGAGAAUGUGAUUCGUGAUGCUGUGACGUAUACUGAACAUGCUAGGAGAAAGACUGUUACUGCUAUGGAUGUUGUUUAUGCUUUGAAGAGACAGGGAAGAACUCUCUAUGGUUUUGGUGGUUAAAAAUGGUGAAUCUUUUGAUUUUUAUGCUAUUGAAUGUAAUUGAACUGGAAUUUGUUAAAACUUUUGGAAUCAUUCUCAUUCUUAUCUCUCUUUUUCUUCGAUUUUUGAAUCUAAAUCUAUCGAUUUUGUACUUAAAUAAGAUUAAAUUCUA